AUUCGACACCAACUCGACAAUUCUCCCUCCCGACAAAAAAUAAAACAAAAAGAACACCACCAAUUCUCCCUCCACUUCUCCACAUGAACUAGGGUUUAUCAAAGCUCCUCACUGGGUUUACAAACCGAGCUAUACACACAAAAUUUGUAUCUAAAAUGAGUAACAGAUCUGUAUUAGCAGGCAUGGAGGUGCCAAUUAUCGGCAGUGAUUCAGUUAAAUGGAUUCAACUCACCGUCACUUCUACGACGCCGUCGCAGCCGCCGUUCGCCCCGCCGACUGAAGACGCCGCCUCUUGCUCCGUCAUUGGAACUCCUCCGACGUAUCUUAUAUGGAGGAUUCACAAAAGUCAGCCUCGUCAGCUAGAGAUAUUGGAGUUUUGUGAUACCAAAGAAUUUCCGAGAGUUGGAUUGCAAAUUCAGUUUCCUGAUGCACUUUCUCCCUUUGCUGUUAUAUGUGAAAAUGAGAUGCGUUAUGGAUCUGGAUAUCCGUACAUUCUUUACGCGCUCACUGUUUCAGGAGUUGCUUACCUCAUUAAACUGAAGCCUAGCCUUAGCUAUGCAUCUUCCACUGUACUACCACAAACUGAGAUCAUGGAGCUUAAUGUGAAACUGUAUGCUCAUUAUGAAGCUAUUACUGCUGCUGCAGCCACUGCUGGAUGUUUCAUGAUUGGGGGAAAUGAUGGAUCUGUUGGCUGUUUUCAGUUUGGCACACUUGACCCUGGUGCUCCAGGCUUUGUGCGUGAGUUGCGGAAUGAUGCUGGGUUUAGUCGUCUGUGGGGCUUAAUGUCAAGGGGAAGUACAAUAGCUGCUGUGCAGAGUUUAGUAAUUGCAAAGGUUCAUGGGAGAGAGCUUGUUUUUGUUCUUCAUUCUGAUGGUGCCUUAUCUGUGUGGGACCUUCUAAGCUGUGGCAAAAUAUUCAAUCAUACAUUCAGUGCUUCCACUUUGACAGGAGCUAUACAUGCAAGAUUAUGGGUGGGUGAAGCUAACAGUGAAUCAAGUACAAUUCCUUUGGCAGUUCUAUGUAAAAGUAAUUUGGAAAUAAGCAUGGAGAUGGUCAAUGUAUAUCGACUCCAUAUUAGCGCAGGGGACAAGAUAAAUGUAUCACUUGAGCCUUCAAUCAAUAUAUCUUUGGAUGAGGGUGGACUCAUUGAUGUCAGGCUUACAUCAAAUAAAUUGUGGAUUCUAAAAGAAGAUGGAUUGGAGAUGCAGGACUUGUCUGUUGCCAAUGUUGGCGGGGGAGAGUCAAACUGCUAUGCUUUGCAGGAGUCAUAUGUUGCAGAGCAGCUAUUUCAAAGUUCUGAGCAUUCUUCAGAUGAUCUUCUAUGGCUUUCCCAUUCAGUGCUUUCAUCUUUGAAGGAUCAAGUUUCCUCUUUUGUAUCAUCUAUUUUUAUACGUAGGCUACUUCUUUGUGGGGUAUAUCAAAAUGCUGUGCUUCGUGCAACAUUACAAGAUUAUAACAAACACUUCACUGAUACUGAGUUCUAUUCCCUAACUGUUGAUGGACUGAAGAAGGAGAUUCUCUCACUUAUUGAAAACGAGGGUUUUCCUGGAACUCCUGUUUCAGUUCUUCGUUGCUGGAAAACCUUUUGCAAACGCUAUUUUCACAAUUGGUGCAAAAAUGGUGCACCAUGUGGGUUACUUGUUGAUUCAUCAACUGGUGCUGUUGGUUUAAUUAGGAAGAAUUCGAUCUCCUUAUUCCGUUGUCUGGAGGACAUAGAGCUUCUUGUUUACAGCUCUUUUGAGGAAUAUGGUGAUCUUGUCAACUAUGGUUUUGAAUUUUCAAAAUCUGAACUUGAAGUUCUUGUGGGGAUGCUGAGAUGCAUUAGCAAUGUCAGCCUACAAUUGGGAAGAGCUUCUUCAGCUAUAUUUUACGAGUCCCCUUUCAGUAAACCAAAUAUUUCAUCACAAGAAGUCGUACUUCAGCUACUGAAGAUUCUUGACACUGGCUUUAAUUCAUCAAUAGCAGCUCUUCAAAGAUCAGAGCUAGGAACUGAUACUUCUUGGGAGAAAGAAGUUGCGGAUCAUAAACGUCUGAGGAAAUUCUCUGCAGAUAUGUUUUUGUCACUGCACUCUUUGUGCAGUAAAGCUACGACAUGGGGAAAAGUUUUGGAUGUGAUAGAGCGCUACCUAAAAUUUCUUGUACCUCGCAAAGUUGUACAGAAAUCGAAAAACGAGAUAAUAUUUGAUGUCAAGAGCGCAGUCACUGUUCAAUCUACUUCUCAGGUUGCAAAAGUGAUGUUUGAAUCUGCUUUGGAUGUACUUUUGUUGCUCAACUAUAUGGUGAACAUAAGUGGCCAGAUUCACAUGCUACACGAUGAUGUUUCCAAAAUACAACAGGAGUUGGUUCCUAUGAUUCAAGAGGUCGUCACUGAGUGGCAUAUUAUUUAUUUCCUUGUGACUACACCGUCUGAAGCACCAGCCUUUGAAGAUUUUAGCUCGCAACUUUCAUCGUUACAAAUUGAUAGCAAAGUCGAUAAGCGAUCGUGGAAUGAGAAACUUGGCAAAUGCGACUUCCCGUUGGCUUUUAUAUUGUUGCUGAAUUCUCAUGGUUCUGCAGAAGACAGGAGCCAUCUGUGUAGUACAAGCCUUCCAGAUCCCAGCCACAUUAUUAGUCUAGUCCGAGACUUUACCAGCUGGAUAAUCUGGGGCAGUACUGAGGAAGAGUCAUCUGCUUUCUUCAGCCACUCAACUGAGCUUGCUUUAGUCUUACUGAAGCAUGGCCAAUUUGAUGCUGUUCAGUAUCUGCUCUCUUUUGUGGACGAACAUUCACGUAAGGAAAAAACCUCUGCAAGUGUUCAGAGUGUGGAUGGUCAUUUAUCCAUUUGCCUUCAUCUGUUGGGUUGCUGCCUUCUUGCCCAAGCACAACAUAAGUUAUAUGGAUUGCCGAAAGAACAAAAAGUUUGUGAAGCUGUUCGUUGCUUCUUUAGAGCUGCAUCUACACAAGGAGCUCCCAAGGCUUUGCAGAGUUUGCCAGUUGGAGCUGGACUUCCUUAUCUUGAAUGUUCUAAUUGUCAAUCGGUUGCUGCGUGGAAGCUUCACUAUUAUCAAUGGGCAAUGCAGUUAUUUGAACAGUAUAAUUUGAGUGAAGCUGCUUCCCAAUUUGCUCUUGCUGCACUAGAACAAGUCGAUGAAGCUCUUAAUGCAGAAGACGGUUCUGGGGUAGAUCAACUUCAAGAAUCUUCAAAUGUUGUCAGGGGUCGACUUUGGGCGAAUGUCUUUAAGUUCACCUUAGAUCUUAAUAAUUAUUAUGAUGCCUAUUGUGCAAUGAUUUCAAAUCCAGAUGAAGAAAGCAAGUAUAUAUGUCUAAGGCGUUUCGUAAUUGUUCUAUACGAGCGUGGUGCGGUUCAGAUUCUUUGUAACGGCCAGUUACCUUUUAUUGGACUGACAGAGAAGGUAGAACAAGAGCUUGCUUGGAAGGCACUUCACUCAGAUACUUCUGCAAAGCCAAAUCCGUUUAAGCUUCUUUAUGCAUGUGAGAUGCACCGACAUAAUUGGCGAAGAGCUGCUAGUUACAUUUACAUGUAUUCGGCUCGACUGAGGACUGAAGCAGCAGUUAAAGAUUACCAGCACAGGUCCCUGAUGCUGCAAGAGAGGCUCAAUGGACUGUCUGCUGCUAUAAAUGCGCUGCAUCUUGUUAAUCCUGCUUAUGCAUGGAUAGACCCUAUACCUGAUCAGAGCUCUCUUCACAGAGAAAGUUAUCCAAGUAAAAAGGCCAGAAUAUCUGGAGAGGAAGAAACAGCUGGUGAUCAAAGGCUGCAGCCAUAUAUAGAUAUUGAAUUUUUGGAAAAUGAGUUUGUGUUGGCAUCGGCAGAGUAUUUGCUUUCAUUAGCAAACGUUAAAUGGACAAAUACGGGGAACAAAAAACCAUCGCCAGACUUGGUUAACCUUCUGGUCCAAUCUAAUUUAUAUGACACAGCAUUUACAGUUCUUCUUAAAUUUUGGAGAGGGUCAGAAUUAAAGAGGCAACUGGAGAAAGUUUUUGCUCAGAUGUCAAUGAAAUGCUGUUCAAACACUGAUGGUACACUGUUGGCUGGGAACAAUAAUCAUAUGCGUGGUCUUCUACUGAAAUCAUCAAAGGACGAGGCAGUUUAUGGUUCAGUUGACAUCGUUCCUCCGCCUUACCAAUCCAUGGGGAACAGCCACUGGGAGACACUUGAAUUUUAUCUUGAAAAAUACAAAGGAUUCCAUCCGAGAUUACCAGUGGCAGUUGCUGAGACUCUUCUUUCUAGUGAUUCAGAAGUUGAAUUGCCUCUUUGGCUAGUUCGUCUAUUUAAGGGUGGUAGAAGAGAAUGUACUCUGGGGAUGGCUGGAAGUGAAUCAUCUCCUGCAUCAUUGCUUCAACUAUAUGUUGAUUAUGGCCGAUAUGCUGAAGCUACAAAUCUGCUGCUUGAGUACUUCGACUCUGUAGCUUCUGUGAGACCUGUUGACCUCAUUCAUCGAAAGAAAGCAGCUGGAGUUUGGUUUCCAUACACAAUUAUUGAGCGCUUAUGGUAUCGUCUUGGGGAGAUGAAUAGCUCAGGGCAUAUGAUUGAUCAUUGUGAGAAGCUCAAAAAGUUGAUAGAAGAAUCUUUGCGGAAUCAUCUCAAUCUGCUAAAGGUGGACUCAGAAGAUGUGCUCUCUCUUCAGCAAUCUUGAAAUAAUCUUCAUGAAGCAUGAGUAGUAUUGCAUGAUUUACCCAAGAUGUGAAGUUUAACGUUCGAUGGUCCAUUGGACAGACAUCCACACAACACAGUGUCCACACCUGGUUUAACAAGGCCGUGCUGCUUCUGCAUACUUUAUAACACAAGGUUAUUAGCCAGUGAUAUUGUUGAUACAUAGGAUGAAAUAUGAGGUUCUCUCACUAUAAGCAAUUAUUGCCUUGAUGCAAAAUUAGAUGCAGCGGGAAUCGGUAUAUAAUUGUGAUGGCUCAUGAGUUUCUGUUAAGGAUGCAUUUGCUCUUAGCUUUGCUUUUUGUUUGCAAGGCUAGUGAUAUAAUUUUCAAGUUCUUGUCCUGAAAAGUCUGGAGCAUAGGUUUUUUCGACUGUACAAAAUCUUAAGCUUUGUAAAAUAGGAAAUAGUAGGAAAAGGCAUAUUGAUUUAGUUGUAUAGAUUUUAUUAACUGAAACGAGUUUUCAAUCUCAA